CCCAUUACAUUUCUCUCUCUAUCUCUCUCUCUCAAUAUAAAUAUAUAUACACACAGAGACAUACCUCUCUGUGUAUAUGAUUAGUGUUAUCUAUUUGAUUAUUGGGUGGGUUUUGAUCUCUCCAUAGUUCUGAAUUUUUCAUAUUUGACAAAAACUAGAAGAUGGGUAGCUGUUUGUCUACCACCAAGGUGAAUGGCUCAAACAGCAACACCACCACCGUGACAGUCAACAAAAACCGCAAAGAUGGCACCAAACCGUCGUCAACGACGACAACCACGACGAAUUCGAAUCAACAGAAAACGCACGAGAGACAUUCUCAACAGCAACAGCAACAGCGCAAGAAUUCUCAGCAGAUUAAGCCGAAGCGAUCAAGCGGUGUUAUUCCGUGUGGAAAGCGAACCGAUUUUGGGUACGACAAAGAUUUCGAUAAGAGGUACUCGAUUGGGAAAUUGUUGGGACAUGGGCAAUUUGGGUAUACCUAUGUUGCCACCGACAAGUCCAAUGGAGAUCGUGUUGCAGUCAAGAGAAUUGAGAAGAACAAGAUGGUUCUUCCAAUUGCUGUUGAGGAUGUUAAACGAGAGGUCAAAAUUUUGCAAGCAUUAACUGGGCAUGAGAAUGUUGUUCAGUUCUAUAAUGCAUUCGAGGAUGAUUCUUAUGUGUAUAUAGUCAUGGAGUUAUGUGAGGGUGGUGAAUUGCUGGAUCGGAUUUUAGCCAAAAAGGAUAGUCGUUAUUCUGAGAAAGAUGCAGCCGUAGUUGUGCGGCAGAUGCUUAAAGUUGCAGCAGAGUGUCAUUUGCAUGGUUUGGUGCACCGUGACAUGAAACCAGAGAAUUUUCUUUUCAAGUCACCAAAAGAGGAUUCACCUUUGAAGGCCACAGAUUUUGGUCUGUCAGACUUCAUAAGACCGGGGAAGAAGUUUAAGGAUAUUGUUGGCAGCGCAUACUAUGUUGCUCCUGAAGUUUUGAAACGAAAAUCAGGGCCAGAAUCAGAUGUUUGGAGUAUUGGUGUAAUUACCUACAUAUUGCUCUGUGGCAGGCGUCCCUUUUGGGACAAAACCGAGGAUGGUAUAUUUAAGGAGGUUUUAAGGAACAAGCCUGAUUUCCGUCGCAAACCAUGGUCGACCAUAAGCAACAGUGCAAAAGAUUUUGUCCAGAAGCUGUUGGUGAAGGAUCCUCAUGCAAGACUUACAGCUGCUCAGGCCUUAUCACACGCAUGGGUUAGAGAAGGUGGGGAUGCUUUAGAGAUUCCUUUGGAUAUCUCAGUCCUAUCAAACAUGCGGCAAUUUGUGAAGUACAGUCGUUUAAAACAGAUUGCUCUUCGGGCAUUAGCAAGCACACUUGAUGAAGAGGAAUUGGCUGAUCUUCGAGAUCAGUUUGAUGCAAUUGAUGUGGACAAAAAUGGUGCUAUUAGCCUUGAAGAAAUGAGACAGGCCCUUGCUAAAGAUCUUCCUUGGAGGUUGAAAGAAUCACGAGUUCUAGAGAUUCUUGAUGCGAUUGAUGGUAACACCGAUGGGCUUGUAGAUUUCACGGAGUUUGUUGCAGCAACGUUGCACGUCCAUCAAUUUGAGGAACAUAACUCGGAAAUUUGGCAACAGAGGUCACAAGCUGCUUUUGAGAAAUUUGAUGUGGAUAGAGACGGAUAUAUAACUGCAGAAGAACUAAAAAUGCACACUGGCUUAAAAGGCUCCAUAGACCCACUUCUAGAGGAGGCCGAUAUUGACAAAGACGGUAAGAUAAGUCUGUCAGAAUUCCGUAGGCUUUUAAGAAACGCGAGCAUGAGUUCUUCAAGAAACGUUACCAGCCCAGCUGGCCAUCGAAACUCUCAGAAAAUGUAGAUCGGAAAAGUUGUUCCAAAUUUUGAGAGAGAAGUGAAAAGGGUAAAGGGAGUUUUAGUUCCUUUUUCAAUGACCUUUUGCUCGAUGAUUGUACACGUGGACAUGGCUCUCAUCUGCUUGACCUUUUCCAAAAUUCUAGUAAUAAGGGACAGGAAUUCUGAUAGAGCUCACGAAGGAACGUCGCACUGAGAGGUGUGCUUGAUGUAGUUGUUGCUGACCCUUCUGGGAAAAUGGCUAUGGGGUGAAAUUGUUGUAUUUAUUAAAAUGUACAUCCAAUCCUUUGGAGUGUUGCAAAUCUUUUGGUGUUUUUUGGCAAAUGUAAUGUACUGUGACAUAAAUAAAGUUAGUGAAAUUUGUUUGUAUUUUGCAUUCA